CACCGGUCUUACUGACCUGUGUACUAUCGCGAAAGGAAUUGUGGGUAGCACUACUUUUUCAACAUGGCUGCCGAUUGACAUCAUCUCAGUUUGUCAACGUUCAAGCCAUGGAAACAGCGACUCCAGUAAAGUCAGUGAGGGCCUGUCUAACCUGUAAUCGUUCAUCUCAAGGACAUUUAAAAAACUUAAGAAAUGUAGCUAUGCGAUCCAUACUACUGAAAAAACAGUUUGAAUGUCUGGGCUGCAAUAUUGAAGACCUUGUGAAAGUAGGACAUGAAAAUCUGUUGGUUUGUGACACAUGUUUGAAAAUAUUGGACAAACUAUCAGAAAUGAAGUUGAAUUUACAAAUGAACAUGAAAGAACUAAAGGAGAGUGAGGAUAGAACAAAGAGAUUAAUUAUGCAUUCUGUUUCUCCAGUAGUUAAGAAGUUCAAGGACACAACUGUACCAGUAAAAUCUAGAAAAAGUUCAAGGGCACUUUUUAAGAUGACAUCUCCAUCUCCAUCAAGAUGUAUUGAUUCAGUUAUUAGUCCAAAAUCAGGCAGCAUUGAUCAUUCAUACUCUGGUAUACCAAGCAAAACAAAAACACAAAGCCUUGACCAUUUGUAUUCAACAACCGUAAAUCAAAAUGUAGAUCUUAAUAAUCCAUACAGUUUUCAUAAGAAGAAAAUACUGAUGCCUCCUGAAAUUACUGUUAACGAAAAGAAAAGUGUCAUAACAAUAUUUGAACAAUCAUCAAAAGACACUGUAAGUGUUAAUACUGUUUUGGAAAAACUUCUUGAUCUCCCUUCUGUAAAUGAAAGACUAUAUCUAUGUUUAUUGCAACGACUAUCUGGAGAACUAAACAGGAUCUGUGAAACAAAAGACAAAAGUGUUUUAAGGACAAAGGUGUCAGAACUAGAACCUGAAACCUUUUUCAGUGACAUUGUAAAAGAAAUGCACUUGAAAUGUCCGAAGGUGUUGCAGUUUCUGAUAACCCUGUCUUGCCCAAUGGAUCUUGCAGUUCCAGAGAAAAAACAUGGUAUAGCAGCUAUGUAUGCACUUGGCAUGUACUUACGGAACAACCACAUGAUUGCCUUUCAAAAAGCUGUGCUGCAUCACGUAUAAGAUAUAAUGCAGGGAAUGGACUCAUGGAGUUUUUACACAAUCUGGGAAUGUCAAUACCUACAAAAAGCAAGCUGCCAAUGUUGGAUGACCUUGGACAAAUAAAUGGUCGGGAUGUAGUUUCUGCUUUGGCUAUUGGGAAAACCAUCAAAAUCACAGUUGAUAACAUUGACGGGCACAUAAAAGCUUAUCAGGUCAGGCUUGGUAGUGGAAACAGAGAUUUUCACUACACUCAUUGGUCGAUCCUUAUCGACAGAUUUGACCCAAGAGAUCUUCAAGGACUGAGCACACAACCGAAACAGAUAACUGCCCAAGGACCUGACCCUACCAUCUUCUUCUUGUCUUCAAACGAACAUGAAGCAUUAAGGAAAAGAUGUACUCAGCUUGUCAUGCGGAUACUGGUAGAAGAAAUACAGCCAUUGUCCAUGUUUUCUACGGCAACACCUCGUCUUGUGGACCAUAAAUACAGACAAGUGGUUGAUAGACCAUCACAAGUUCAUCCAGUGUUUGUAAGUAGGACAAAUAAAUAGGAUUUAAUGAAUAAUGGAAUUGGCUAAAUGAAAAUUUUGUACAUUUUGACAAUUAACUUCAUUAUAUGUGACCGCAGCUGGGAAAAUCAGUCUUGUGGUCAAAAAUCACAUUUUGACUUUUUGGUUAAUUGAGAUUCUGUAAACAUUGUAGUUUGCAAAAAUGACCAACCCUACAGCUUUUUGGUAGGAAAAAUGGUCACUUUCUAGAAUAAAACACACUUAAAACAUUAUUCAAACAACAAGCAAAACUGUUUUAAAAUAG